AUGGCACCUGUCAACAGCCAGCCAAAUGCCGCAGCAGCCAGCAAGGCUCCAGUAAAUCCAGCCACCCAGCGCCGGCCUACACGCCCUCGGCCACCGCCGACCACGCAGAAGCCGACCAUCACCGCCAUCCAAAUUUUGAAACCGGGCGUCCGGCCACCGACUAUCAUCGGACGAUUGGCCCCGCGCCAACCCGACGGCACGAACAACCAGCCGACCAUCGCUACGGGCCACUCCAUGAACCAACCACCGAAGGUGGAGGCCUGCCACGGGGGCAUGACAACCCAGCAGUCACCCACCCCGCCGACCAGCCGGAGGACGGUGCAGGAGGCCCAGCGUCGCCCCUCGACCAGGACCGACUCGACAGCGGCGUCUCGCACCUCCUGCACUCCACCGCCGAGCCUGGUCGCCUUGGCCCAUGGUCUCACAGUUAACGUACCAUAUUACGCCCGCUACCGGUCACGCCGAUACAAGGCAAGAAUCGCCGGAGGACAGUGGCUCAUUCGCAAACAGCAAGCUACGAAGGGAACGAUCAGCGCGAUCAGAGCAGACAACGCCAUAACCAGCCACACGAAAGGUGCCGCUGAGGCACCUAACGCCGCGGUAGCAGCAGCCCCUACGAUGUCAUCCAGAGUGGUGAUUACGAACAUGUUCAGCUCAGAUUCACGGAUCGGAAGCAAAUGGAUCGACGAGGCGAACAUCGACUCAACGUCGGCACGAUCGCGACUCGUGAACGCGUAA